CGGGGGGAGGAAGGAGAGCGUCAUGGGCACCGGCGAGGGGUACGCCAGGGGGGUCGGGUACAGCUGGGAGGAGCUGCUGGCGCUAGAGGGGGAGCCAUCCGAGGAGCCAUCGGGCACAGAGGAAGGGUCAGAGGAGGGGGACGAGGGAGGCGCAGAGGGCUGGCUGGGGUGCUUGGAGGGGCUUGAUGCUGUGGCCAUGGCUCAGGGCGGGGAAGAGGAGGAGAAGCUUGGGGUCGGGAGGGGGGAGGGGGAGGAGGGAGGGUGGGCGAGCUUCCUGUGGGAGGAGGAGGAGCCGUGAGGAUGCUUUGCGGAUGGGCUUGGACGUGGACGGGUUUUCAGGAGAGAUCUCGCAGCGGCAGGAGGGAGAAGGAGCGGCGAGCGGGGGGAUGAAUGUCGACGUGAGAUUGGGGAUGGGGGAGGGCUGUAGAGGAGGGGGAGGCUUCUGCAGGGAGGGAUCUAGAGAUCAUCAGAAUCCCAGAGGUGAACCAUCCUCCUGAGGUGGGGCGACUGUGAGCAAUGUUUCAAUGAAACUGGAUUGGUGCAUUGAUAGUAUUAUGAGUAAAGCCAUCAGGACAUG